GAUGGGUUGAUCCUAUCCGCAUCCGUCGCCUGUGCGUAUGACAAGAUAUUUAUUCACUGUUGCGAAGGUCAGCUCCGCCGUAUGUGUAUUAUGGAGCGCGUACUUAUUGAGGCGUUCACGAAGGACUACACAACAUCCUGAUGAGACGUGCCAGUCGGUAACCAUCAAACAAAUGAAUGAUCAUCCAGCAUUUAUAGCCACGGACAAUCCUUCCGAAUCUUUUGCCUAUCCGGCAACGACCUCUGGUUCAGCAACUUGGUCGCUUUUAGAACGGACGCGAUCAUAUGUGCAUUACGGGUUGCGGUGGAUCACUCAUAUCUUCCAGGCAAGACGUACAGCGGUGACAGAACCAUUAGCACUUCCUUCAGCAAAUAUGUCAUUCACUACCGAGGAGUUCAACUUCUACUCGGCGUUCUUGUCAGAUUUGGCCGUUCGAGCUGCCGUUGCUCCCGUAGUCCGAAGCAUGCUUUCACAGAAAAACAGAUUCCGAUUUCUACGUGCUCAGAAUUCACCAGAUGGAAUGUUGGAUUCCAUUCUUUCAGCGCUGGUCUGCUUCAGCAAGAACGACGAAUUCGUGGGGCUUUUAUUGGUGCAUGAGGAAUUCCCAAAGCUUAUUGAACGCUUAACGGAGCUGGUGGUUCAAUCAAUGCCACAACAAGCAGGUCUGCAGGACUAUCCCACAUCACCCCUGAAGACUUCUAUCGCCAAAAGCUCUGCGGAUGCUCCAGCAAUCGUAGCCCACCUACCAGUUAAUGACUGGCCCACAGCUACCGUACACUCUGCAUCCGAUUCGCCCUCCGUUUCCCAUUCCUCUGGUUCCCAUCCAGAGUAUCCCCUUCAUCUUUCUUUUGCCAAUUUUUUAGCAAAUCUUUCCCGACAUUCUGCUAGUGUCACGUUGGUUGGUGUACCUGGUCUUUCAACUCUGCUUUCUACCUGGAGUCGUUCUCCGAGUUUACACUUGUUAUUAUUGUGUCAGAAGAUACAACACAACCUUUCCAUUCACUCAUUGCAUAGAGAAAAUCCAACUUCAUCCUCGACCACCUCUUCUAGUUCCGACAUAUUCACGGGACUGUUGUAUUUCCCAGACAUUUAUCGACUAGACGCCGAACGAUCCCUCAAUUCCGACGGCUUCAAUUCUUCCGCUGCUGAAUAUGACUUUGACAUCAUCUUCGUACAUGGCAUGCGCGGUAGUGUCUUUUUCACAUGGCGUCAGAACGACGCGGUUCUUGACGGUAACGAAACAAAUGCCGGCAACUACACCAAGUGCUGGCCACGAGACUGGCUUUCGCGCGAAUUUCCUCGGGCCAGAAUCCUCGCAAUCGAUGCUUCUUUAAACCCAUUUAUUUGGGAUCCCAUUUGUCCAGUAGACAGAUUAGAACGAACUAUGGAUAACCGCGCCAAGAAAAUUUUACCUCAGCUGCAAGCUGCCGGAGUUGGCAAACGUCCUAUUAUAUGGGUGACCCAUUCUGCGGGAGGUAUUUUAGUUAAAGAGCUUCUUCGCCUUUCUGAAGCAUCUGCCAAUCAGCAGCCACAGAUGGAUGGGGAAAUCUUAGCCUCCGUGAACACCUCCGUUUCUCAAAUACACACAUACAAAUCGGUGCCCUCGCAACUGAGCGAUAGACACGCCUUGGAUGUUCCGAUGACUGAUAUUCCCUCGGUAACUGCCACUUGGUUUUGCGAUCCUGCAGAUCAGUCACCAUCAACACAACAGAUGCUCAUACCUUCUCCGACAGGGGAAACAACACUCCUUCCCACCACACCAACGGGCGAGAUGGCUGCGGGAUUCGCAAUGCCCAAUAGUUCAUCAAACGUAGAUCUAGCUGCGGGUCACAAACCCACUUGUCGGUCGGAUGAUUUUGGCUUGACGAGGCAUAGUCAGGGCAUCGUGUUCAUGAGCGCUCCUCAUCGAGGUAAUCGUUCUUUGUAUGGACUCUAUCGUCGGCCUAUUCGAUGGACCCUCACGCCUGAGGCCAUCCAGUUAGAACGAAACUCUGCUUUCCUACUUGACCUGCAUUCGUGGUUUCACACCUGGGCAACCAAAUCGCAGCUCAAAGUGUUAUCUAUGAUCGAGACUCAAGUUACACCAAUCAACCGAUUUUGGUCGGUCCUACUAGUUCCAGAGGAUGAGAAAGGCAAGUUGGAUGUCUCACGACUUCUAUCCAUGUUGUUGACUACAGCGAAAUGGGCGAGGUCGUCUACAUUGAUUCGGACCACAUGUUUAUCAGCAAACCCCGUAACCAGUCCGAUCCUGUCUAUCAACGCGUCGUUAAAUUCAUCCGCGAUAUUCGGAAUGGGCAGGUUUGUCCAACUACUUGUGAAAGUGACACAUCUCGGGAUUGAAUUAAUUUCCCAAAUGGGUACCGAUUUAGCGUUCCAUUGAGUUGCUGCAAACUUAAAUCAUUUCAUUUUCUUACACUUUUGUUCUACUAUUUCUCAAUUUCCACUGUCGCCAUAUUGCGAUCUGAACUGCACCGCAUUUUUUCUUUUGAUUUGGCUGAACCUUGUACUUUCACUUUUUUUUACUAGGCGUGAGUUCUUUCGGAAAACACAACUUACUGAGAACCGGUUUUUAUAUGCUAUUACAUCGUACGUUUUGC